UUUUUUUUAAUUUUUCCCCAGAAAAAUGGGAGGUGGACAUGAUUAUGUGUGUGACCUACUACCUAACAUACACAAUGGGUUACAGUGUCCAGCAGGUGUAUCAGAAGUAGAUCUUGUUGUUGGAGAUUAUCUCUAUUAUCACUAUGGCUGUGAUGGUUUUGACGACCGGGGCUGGGGAUGUGGAUAUAGGACACUAAUGACUUUGUGUUCAUGGAUAAGAGGACAGUUGAGGAAGUCUCAAGGAACUUCAAGCAGUUUGGCUCCUGUACCUUCUAAUCACCGCAUACAAGAAAUCCUUGUGGAAAUUGGAGAUAAAGAAAAGGAUUUUCUUAACUCUAGACAAUGGAUUGGCAGUGUUGAGGUUUGUCAUGUUGUAGACACCCUGUAUGAUGUACCCUGCAAAAUAAUCCAUGUAAAUAGUGGUAAAGAAUUGUCUGAUCAUAUACUCACCCUGGUUGACCACUUCAAGAGCAGAGGAUCCCCUGUCAUGAUGGGAGGGGACACUGAUGUAUCAUCCAAAGGAAUUAUGGGUGUUUGCAGGAGCUCUACUCAAAAUUACCUUCUUGUUGUGGAUCCUCACUUUUGGGGUGAAGCUACAGAGGCAGCAGCACUCCAGGCCAGUGACUGGGUAAAGUGGCAGCCUCUAUCCGAUUUCAACGAAUCCUCAUUCUAUAACAUGUGUCUUCCACAAUUCACUUCUAGAGAAUUGAAUAAAUGAUGGAGAUGUUAUUUAUUAGAAAAAUAAAUGUUGGUAGUUGAGCUUAAAGGCCCCACAGACUGACAAUCUUUGUGAUUGUGCAUUCAUUUCCAUCAUGUGUGGGUAUGAUUGAAGGCUUGCGCAAAUGUCAGGUGGUGUGUGGCAGUGGUUGAACAAUCGUGGUCAGUCUUGUACAGUACUAGCAGUCAUGGCAAGUGUACGUGGUACACAAGAAUUUUGGUGAGUUCAUUGAACUAUAUAGAGGCUUUCCAUCAUUGUGGAAAGAUAAAUUUGAUAUUUACAAGAACAGAGUUGUGAAAGUUGAAUGCUGUAACAAGUUAGUGGAAAAGAUCAAAGAAAUUGAACUCAAUGCAUACUGUCAUUCAGCAUAGAUGUGAUGGCAGUACACGUGUCCAUAAUUUUAUAUCCAAGACUCUGUGGAGAAAUUCAAGUCCUCAAAAGACUGAAAUUGUAUCUCUCAUCAGUGUGUUCUUCUUUAUCGAAGGCAUAAUUAUUUCCAACAAAUUAAUGAAAGUUUCAUGGUCCAUAUGCAGGAAGUUGUAAUAGUCUGCAGGGGAUGAUAUUACCACCUCCUAUAGAAGGGUUUCACAAGAAAACUUGGGUCUUUUCUUAUGCCACUUAUUCAUCCACAAUUUCCUUCUUAUUUCUUUGGCUCUUAUAUUUCCAGAGCAAGGAUAAUAGCUAUGCAUGCAGCCUCAGCACUCGUGUUGUCUAGCCAUGCCACACACUGACUGAAGAUUGUGCAAUCUCCUUAUAGGUGUGUGACCAUAACCAAUGAUUGCGCAAUGCCAAUGAUUGUCAGUCAUGCUCGACUGUCUGUGGGGGCCUUUAGAUAUAUACCAGUUAGCGUGUAUGUUCACUUGACCAUUGGCAUGAUCACCAUAUAGAUCAGGUCUUGUUACUUAUAUGCAUGUUAAAGGUCAUUAAAAUUAGAUAUUACAUAAGUAAUAUUGAAAUUGGCUGCUUCAGACACCAUAUGCAGAUGAAAUGAAAAAGCAAGAAGUAUCCAACAUAAUGCUCAACUAUUUGAUCCUCUGGUUAGGUAGAAAAAUUACUCUUAUGCCUGAUGCAACAUUUAAGAUUUGGCUUACUGUACAUUAGUUUCUGUGGAUCAGUUCAAGAUUCCAAUAGUUAGUUCAACAAUAAUUCUUCAAAAGCCUUUAAAGCAGUUAUUUCAAAAGGAAUAUGAAUUGAUGCUUUGCUUUGAGGCAUAUAACUUUAAUCAAUAGCUUAUUAGUAUCCUCUAACAGUUCUUUGUAAAAUAUAUGCAUAGUGAAGCUUGAUCAGUUUUACAAUGUGAGAAAAUUAACACCAUUUACCACUAUAUAAUAGCUAAAGAUCAGUUUUACAAUGGUUGCUCCCCGAAUGGUUUUCCUGCACUGUCAUUGCUAUGAAAAAGUAAUAUGCUAUAACUCGCAAUAUUCCAAGAUAUGAUGACGCAAUGUCGGAAUGGCUUAACACCAUAACUCACCACCAACACUCAUUAUCACCACCAACACUCAUCAUCACCACCAAAACUCCCCACCACCACCAACUACUACCAAAACUCCCUACCAACACUCACGGUCAACACUCCCCAUUACCACAAACAAUCACCACCAACACUCAUCAUCACCACCAACACUCACUACCACCA